AUGGCUGCCCUUGGCGAGGACUUGCUCACCACCGUCAACAAGCUGCAGGAUUUGGUCUUCAACACAAUCGGCAGCGACUCACUCGACCUUCCCCAAAUUGUCGUUGUUGGCUCACAGUCGGCUGGCAAAUCCUCCGUCCUAGAAAACAUCGUCGGCCGAGACUUCCUACCCAGAGGAAGCGGCAUCGUCACACGUCGACCCCUGAUUCUCCAGCUUAUCAACGUCCCCGAAGACGACAGCGCUCCCGACCCAGCCCUUGAUCCUUACAGAUCACCAGCUGCCGCUCGGCGAUCCGAGUGGGCUGAGUUCCAUCAUAUCCCAAACCGACGCUUCACUGAUUUUUCCGAUGUCAAGCGAGAGAUUGAGAAUGAAACCACCAGAGUUGCUGGUAGCAACAAGGGCAUCAACAGACAGCCCAUCAACCUGAAAAUCUACUCCCCUCACGUUCUAAACCUGACGCUUGUUGAUUUGCCCGGUCUGACAAAGGUACCAAUCGGCGACCAACCUACCGACAUCGAGAAGCAAACGAGAAAUCUGAUUUCCGAAUACAUCGCCAAGCCAAACAGUCUCAUUCUUGCCGUAUCACCCGCCAAUGUCGACAUUGUCAACUCAGAAGCCUUGAAGCUCGCCCGCCAUGUAGAUGCCCUCGGCAGACGGACUAUCGGUGUCCUUACCAAGCUGGACCUGAUGGAUCACGGUACAAACGCGCUUGAUAUCCUUUCAGGUCGUGUAUAUCCCUUGAAGCUCGGCUUCAUUGGUGUUGUGAACCGAUCGCAGCAGGACAUUCAGGGCAACAAGCCCAUGGAGGAGGCUCUGCAGGCAGAGAUGGACUUCUUCAAGCACCACCCAGCCUAUCGCAACAUCUCUAACCGAUGCGGCACACAAUUCCUGGCCAAGACUCUCAACUCCACUCUCAUGUCACAUAUUCGAGAGCGGUUGCCUGACAUCAAGGCUCGUCUGAAUACGCUUAUGGGACAGACUCAGCAAGAGCUUGCUAGCUAUGGUGACAUGGCCUUUAGCGGCAAGGAGCAUCGUGGAUCGCUCAUCCUGCAGCAAAUGACUCGAUUCGCUACCUCCUUUAUUUCCUCAAUUGACGGUACCUCAACCGAAAUUUCCACCAAGGAAUUGUGCGGUGGCGCUCGAAUCUACUACAUCUUCAACUCCGUCUUUGGCAGCUCACUCGAAUCCAUCGAUCCCACCUCCAACCUUACUGCUCUGGAUAUUCGCACAGCCAUCCGAAACUCGACCGGCCCCCGGCCCAGCUUGUUUGUUCCCGAGAUGGCUUUCGAUCUUUUGGUCAAGCCCCAGAUCAAACUCUUGGAAAUUCCCAGUCAACGUUGCGUCGAGCUUGUAUACGAAGAGCUGAUUAAGAUCUGCCACACCUGUGGAUCUACCGAACUGUCGCGAUAUCCCAGGCUGCAAGCGAAGCUGAUCGAAACCGUAUCAGACUUGCUCCGUGAAAGACUUGGCCCUGCCUCGUCUUACGUUGAAUCUCUCAUCUCCAUCCAACGGGCAUAUAUCAACACCAACCACCCCAACUUCCUUGGUGCCGCCGCCGCCAUGAGCAAUGUCGUUAGCGCAAAGCAAGAACGUGAGCGAAAGCGGUUGAUUCAGGAGGAGCGUGAGCGUCGCGAGAAGCGUCGCCUCAAGGAGCUUGGUGCCAAUGGAGAGCCCACCGAGGAUGGUGAGGAUGGCAGUGUUACCGAAAAGGGUGAAAAUGGCCGCAAGCACAAUUCCAAGUCCGGCCGAAGCUUGUCUCCGGCUGUCCAUGAAAAUGCUCACGGCAGCCUUGCAGCUGCUGUCAAUGGUGUUCGACCCAACUCCCCUUCGCGGGUUAAUGGUCAAGGUCUAGGUGCCAGAGAUACCUUUUUGAACUACUUUUUUGGCAAAGAUGGUGCAACUCUGCAGAGUGCGCUACCUGGCAGCCCGGCAAACCCUGGAAGACACAUCAGCCAGUCUUCUGAGCCAAGCUUAUCGCAAUCCAUUCGAAGAGAGGAGAGAGUCGCACUACGACCUGCGCCGCCAUCUCACAUUGACGAGUACGACCCUACCGGCCGAAGCUACGGCCUUGCUUCACAUCUUGGUGAAUCUAAUGAACCUGCCAUGACGGACCGCGAGGUCAUGGAGACUGAACUCAUCCGAGCUCUCAUCUCAUCCUACUUCAACAUUGUUCGGGAAUCCAUCGCCGACCAGGUGCCCAAAGCCAUUAUGCACCUCCUAGUCAACCACUCCAAGGAUGUGGUUCAGAACCGUCUUGUUAGCGAGUUGUACAAGGAGACUUUGUUCGAAGAGCUUUUGUACGAGGACGACGGCGUUAAGAAGGAGCGCGAGAAGUGCGAGAAGCUCCUCCAGACAUACAGGGAAGCCGCCAAAAUUAUCGGCGAGGUUUUAUAA